AAUACAGCAGAAAUGACCGUUCCGUCAAUCCGUCUUGCCACUGGCGCAAAAAUGCCAAUCAUUGGUCUUGGCAUGUGGCUGCGGCAAUUAAAUAAUCGCAUUGAAACAGCAAUUAAUGUUACCAGUAAUGAUAACAAUAACAAUAAUAAUAAUGGCAAUAGCAAUAACAGUAAAAUCAGUAGUACUAGGACUGACUAAGCAGCUAAUUCGGUACGCUAUGCGUUGAACAAUGGCUAUCGACUGAUUGACACGGCCGCAUGCUACUUCAAUGAGCAGGAUCUCGGGCAAGUCCUGGAUGAGGAAUACAUCAAGCAGGGAAAGCUAAAGCGGGAGGAUGUUUUCAUCACCACAAAAGUUAGACGAUUUUUCACGUUUUUUCCGCACCUUUAG